AUAUUAAAUACAGGCCAUGUCGAUUUUAAUGAACGGUUUAGAUAUGCCUUCCGCGAAGAACUGGCAGAACUAUAAAGGAUCCAUGUAUAUUUGCAGACUAUACAGAGUGUCUGAACCAAAUAGACAAGAGUAUUAUAAUGGAUGCAUGGAAACAGCACAAACUUCCACCCGCCACAGACAUCUUACUUGACCGCCUCAUGAAGCACCCAAACUGGCUUGAUGAUACCAUAAGAGCUCUACGAGACCCACGUGUCGGGUUGUUCUGUUUGGCAGACGCAUUUGAGGGAUUUACACUUACUGUACCUGUUCACUGGAACAUAUGCUUGGACAAGGACAAAGAUGCAGAUUCGCUAUUUAACAAAGUGGUCGGUGAUAAGCCAGCAAACGAUAAGACAAUUAAGCCUGCUCCCGUACUAACGGAACUCAAUCAAUCAUUUGAACCAUCUCCUAUGAAAAUAACGACAGCCAAAACCACCAUGAAACUUAAGACAGAACCUGUAAAACAAGAAACGGAACUACAUUAUGAUGAAACGGAUGUCUCAAGAAUGCUGCCUGAUGGAGACAAAGGAACAGACGUCUUGAGGAUUCCCAAAGGUCAGGAUGAAAUAUGGCUUAAAAAGGAAGACCUUCAUGCUAAAUUGAUGGAAAAGUUAUACUCCUGUAUACAAAGUCCCAAAGAUUUGCCUGUUGCAUUACAUUAUAUGGACAAAUUGAAUUUGCAUAUGGAUACAGUUGAAGUCGCCCGUGACAGGGUAACGUUUAGUAUCUACAUAUGCUCACUUGAUGCAUUGCAAACUUUGGAACAGCUUUGGAGAUAUGGUGGACUGAAAAGAUUGCUAGACAAAGAGAUGAUGGAUCAAUUCAUGUUAACGGAGCUGAGAGCGGUUGCUGUUAAAGCCGGUCAUCCAGUUGUCAAUAUUCAGUCUCAUCUUGAAGUUUAUGACGCAGAUAUAGAGCGAUGCAGAUCUUCGCUUAUAAAGGGUUUCCGUCCGAUGGAUGUUGCAAACAUCAGUGUACUGUCAGAAAAAUGUAGAAGCAAAGAAACAAUGCUUAUAAGGGAAGUUGCAAUAUUUGCAAUAGAAUGCCUUCCUGACGAAUUAAAGCAUAUACUAGAAGACCCGUUUGUCUCAGAUCGAGUAAGCAGAUUUUUCGAGUCGAUUCCAUUAGGAAAUAAGUUCAGAAACGAACACGAGGAAGGGUCUGCUUCUAUUCCAAAGUCAGUUGCUCAGUAUUUCACAGAAUGGUUGAAUGAUGAAUUGGUAACGUAUCUGACAAACCUCGACAAUAAUACAAAACAGCAUCUCUUGUCAGUCGCAGUUUAUCUUGUCUAUGCAGCGGAAGCUGAUGGUACUGUUGCAAUUCCCUAUGACGCAAUGUCUGAAACUUAUAACAUGAAAGAGGUGAAGACAUUAUUUCAUUCUGAGUCACAGGAUCACGGCUAUUGGGGUGAUUUGAUUAAGCUACCAAAUGAAAUGGCUGUUGACACAGUCACGUUACACAUUGCUUGCAAAGAUCUGAUGACAAAGAGUGUCUUACGCCGAAGUAAAAACAACAUUGAUUUUCUUAGUCAUUUGGUUAGAGACGUAUUUGUCGCCAAGGUGAUUUCGUGUACUAGCUACAAGGGAAGUUUGAAGACCGUCACAGACUCCUUCGAGUACGUGCAGACUUUAAUAGGACUUUUCGAAAUGGAGGUCUGGAGUAAUGUGAGCGACAAGACUCAAGCAGAAGUUUCAAUCUUUGCCUUUAAAACAGAUGAACUGAGAGAAAUAGGUAUUCCUGGCAAACAUAAGCUAACUGUUGAUUGUCACAGCAACUUUUAUACCAAAGAUCUUAUGGCCUCUGGGCCUGGUACGGUUGAGGUCACUAAUCGAAUUUCAGAUGCCGGAGAAAAAAUAAAGAGGUGUUUAAACGCAAAUGCACAAACAAAGCACAUUUCCGUUGAUAUUUCGGAAGUAGUGGAUGAUGAUUCUUUGUCUCUAGAGGCGGGACUUCACUGGUUAAAUACCGCAACGAGAAGACCUUUUGAAAAGCGAUCCGUUCUCGACAUCGGAAAGGAUGGGAGAUGUUACGAUUUUGUUAGAGGUCUUUCUAUUAGCAAGAAGAUCGUAACUGGUCGGACCCUAAGCAAUGUCGGCUUGUAUGUUAACGUGACGCCGUCUCUAUCAGUCUUAAGCUUAACAAAUUGCCAGCUCAAAAGUGACCUGCUCAGAAAUGUGUUGCAGACGGGACAUUUUCGAAACAUCAUACAUCUCAAUAUAUCAGACAAUGAUAUAUUUCAAGGAAGCUGUCAACAAAUGGGAUUAAUGAAUAUAUCGUCGCUGGAGAGAUUCGAAAUUCAGAACUGUAGCCUAGGUGAUGACGGAAUAAAACUUCUAACUAUGGACUUGCGUCAUAUGGAGAAAUUAAGAGAACUGAACAUAGCAAACAACAGAGUAACUUCCCGAGGACUGCUGGCACUAACAAAAGCUCUGAGCAGAAAUAGAUGGAUAUCCAGUCUUCGUAUCCAUAAAAACUACAUUGGAGAAGAACGUAGCUUAAUACUCGCAAGCUGGCUGGAAUCAUUGCUCCUUCUAGAGGUGUUGAACAUCAGUGAAUGUGGAAUUGGAGAUAAAGGAAGUCCAAUAAUUGCCAACGCUCUUGUUAGCAGGUCUUUGAUGAAGCUCUCUAUGCGAAAGAACGGCUUAACUCCAAAGGGAUCUCGUGAUUUUUUCAAGCACUUCCAGCGACCUGUACAUCUUGACCAUUUGGAUUUCAGCAAAAAUACACUAUUUGCAGUUUCAGACAGAAGGGGUUUUGCCUUGGCUGAAGAUUUGUCUGCGACCCCAUCAGACGAACCGUUCUUACAAUUUCUUCAACAUCCAACACCGAUGAGUCAUUUGUCUCUGUGGAAUACUUGUGUAGGUCAGAAGCGCUUAUUUCAGGGUUCGCAGAUCAUCAGAUGUUUUGAGCAAAUGACAUACCUAUGUCUUCAAGAAAAUAACCUUUCAGAUGAUUUUGCUAAGGAUGUAGCGAACUGCAUCUGUCAGUCAAAAUGUUCCUAUCUCCAGCACUUCAAUCUGCGGCAAAAUCAUAUUGGGAACAAAGGAGCGAUAGAUAUAGCAAAGGCGUUGUCUGAACAGAAGUACCUGAAGGAAGUUCUUCUAGACAGGAAUGAAAUAGGAGAUGAUGGGGCGAACCAAAUUGUGAGCAGCUGUAUUUCGAUACCAUCUAUUGAACGCAUCGACUUGUCUUGCAACAACAUCUCACGAAAAAUGAUGGACAAUAUUGUUACGGAUAUGGCAAAGAGAAUCCAAUGCAAACAAGGAAACAUACCAGAAUAUGAAUAUAGCCAAUGUGCUGAUACAAAUAUUAUCAAAACCCAACACUCGUUUGAUGAGAACAGUUUCAACAUUAAAAGAGACGGUGAGAAAUUUUUCAUCACAAUGUAGAACUGUCAAAUAUUUGAUAAGCUUGAACGGAAGUAUGGCAAAAGUACGUACAAAUUUCCGAGGUAGAGUAUCACAAUCACAAUCUAUUUUCAAAAACCAUUUAUGGAAGAUAUGCGUUUAAGUAUAGAUGGCAAUCAUCUGUUUGACAGUGUAAUAUUACAGAAAAAAAAUCAAAGUUUUAAGAACGUAAAUUUUCUAAAACAAACAUUCCAUGGGUGUAUAUAUUGAUGGAUGUGUAUAUUUAAAAAUGCAUAGCCAUAGGUAGUCAACAAGGACAAAACAAGUCUUUGAAAGAAGACAGUGGAACACCGUCUCGGAACGGUGAGUGGCAAACCACCACUUGAAGGAACACAGUGGAACACGAGUGGCAAAACACCACGAGAGAAUUUAAACCGGUGUAUAACGCGCAACACAUAACAUUACAGGACAUUGUGAUGGCGCCAGACAAAUCCCUUAAACAAGUGAUGGUAACAAGAAGCUUGACGUAUAAAGUAAUAUCGUCUAGUAAAGUUUAAUACGGUUUUAAUAUCAAUACAUAUAAACAUUUCAUUUUUUGAAAUGCCAGUUGUUUGUUUUUUUAUUUAUUCAUCUUCGACUCUGAAAAAUACAAAAGCAACUAUUCACAUGCUAUGAGCUUUUCAAUUUAUUUGAUAGAAUCAAUUUUACAAUGUGUACAAUUUUCAAACUGUUGCAUGUAUUCAUCGUGUGUUUUGUUGCAUGUAUUCAUCGUGUGUUUCGGUCGAAGUAUAAUAAGUAUGUAAUGUUUUCAUUUAAGUUAUGCAUUUACUUUGACAUUCAUCGAAAAGAUUGUUUCUAUGCAUUCUACCAAUGGUAGAAAAUCUAUUUAGUUGAUUAAGAUUAAAUGUUGUUUGAUAAGUGAUUUCCAUCCCGUUAUCUUAGGGAGGUACCUCGUAAUGACAAAUCGGCAAAUUACGUGUACUCCGUGUGCGAGUUUCGCACGGAAAUUAUCGAGUGUCAUUACGGGUCUUGUAUUUUACGUUAAUGUAUUAUUCCAUAUUUAUGAUGGAAUGUAUGGUAUCUGUUCUCAGUUUUAUUUAAUAUCAAUUUAAUGACUUCAUUACUGAGUUGAAGUAAUUGGGUUAUGAUUUGCUAUUUCAUAUUAAGCAGAAACAUGUACAAGUCAUAUUUAAUAAAAGGAAAAACUACCUCUCCGGAGGGUGUGCCUAUACAAAAAGGCGGAAAUUACCUAAACAAUACAAUACAUGACUCUAGUUGUGUUUAUUGCUAAAUAUUUUUUUUAAAUGUACGACUAAUUAUGGUUCAAUGUAGAAACUGGGAUAUUAUCCACUCUUGAAAUGUUCGUUUAUUUCAUAUUCAUGUUUUACUUUAUCAUAAAUGUAUGAUCAUGUGGCUUAAAUAUGUUUUAAACACUUUUCAGAUACCAGUUUCUUCAUAUUGUAAUAAGAAGAACUUUGUGUUUUAAACGAUAAAGCAUUGUCCCAUGCUGCAAUGCAUAUAAGUUUGUUUUGUUUCAUUCAAACUUUUACCGUCUUUGUAAUUUUUCAUGUCUUCUCCUAUUUUAAUAUUCUAAGGGUGAACUGAAUUCGACCUGUAUUUUAAAUUGAUUCUGAUAUUGAUGCAUCAAAUCCAUCCAUUGAUUAUUUGAGUUAAUUGAUACUUUCCAUAAGAAACCAUCAUUCGCAUGGGAAAUUGUGUUAUCAUAUUUAGAUUUUGGAUAUCGUUGUUUUGACACGUGCGCCAAAUGAUGAAUGAGAUUAUUUGGAUAAAGAUAUUUUUGUAAUACAUAUAAGAAAGAUUGUAUAUACAGAAGUACGUGUGCACAUGCAGGAGUAUUUAAAUCAAAAUACAUCUAAUAAGUUAUAUUCAGUGACGCAUAAAUUGUUAUACCAGUACGUUUUCACUAAGCCCGCCCGCUUAGCUCAGUAGGAGAGUGUUGAUCUACGGAUCGUGUUCGAUCGCCGGACGAGGUGAGUGUUAACGGUGAUGAUUUAAUAGAAGACAUUUUGCCUGAAAUCAUUUGUCCCCACUAAUUCAUGUGGAGAAACUGGCAAUAACUUGAGGAGAAUAGAUUAGUGCCGGUAUCCAUAACCACUGUCCGUCGUUACGAAGCUGAAAUACUUUUGAAAAAGGCGAUAAACCAAAAUAAAACGCAUUUUCACAAUGUUGUUAUUAAGUUUGUCUGUCGUAUAAUUCUAUGUUUGUGUCUUCACUGGGUUUUCAAAUAACAACGAUGGCGGCUUCUAUUUAAGAAUGUAUUGCAAAUGGGCGAAUAAAUAUUUUUGUGAGGACUACGUUUUUUGAUGAUUUCAAAAUUCGGUAAAUCGUAUAAGGUAAAAAAAAUAUGCGUUCAUUACUGAAUAAGUUUGUGCAAUUUUAGUUGCUAUCGAAGAUCAAAGAUUGUGUUUAUUUCGAUUUAACGUGAGAAAUGGGAGAAUUAUCUUAAAUUGUGAUUUUUGUUGACUUUUAUUUAUAAAAAGUUUUUAUUGCGAUUAACCUAAAUUCACUUUGUUGUUAAAGUGACAACGGUUUGGAGUCUUUUUCGGCGACGCCGUCUAAAUUCGUUUUCGUUACCUAUGCCACGUGACUUCUGUUUGCAAAUCAAACUACUUGAUAACGCAUUAUAGAUAAUUUAUCAAAAUGGAAGAUUUAUGCAACACUCUGCCUGAUUGGACGAGUGUCAAUUUCUUUCACUCUGUUGAUUGUGCUACGCUGAGUGAAAUGCAGACAAAGCGUUUAUCCUAAACGACGCUGUUCACAGUUUUAAAGCUAACUUUGGCUCAGUAUAUUUAACAAGAAUAUUGAUAUAUCUCAAAAUGAUAAGUAAGUUUAAUAAAUAUGAUAAAAACCUGUUCAAAUACCAACAUAUAUCAAAUUAAAGAAAGAGCUGAAUACGGUCUGCGUAUCACAUGAAUAAGGGUGUGAUAAGAGUCUUUUAUGUAGAGAAGUGCUUUUUAAAAGAUUUUCCUUGUUAAAAUUGUCGUCUGUAUAUGAAAAGGUUUCUUGCUUUUGUGACUUAUUCAGAUUGCAUAUUAAAAUGAGUACUUGUUUGCUUUGA